AUGAAGGCAUCACUGAAACUCCGAGAAGAUCAAAAGCAGCCAACUCUAACCCAACCACAAAACCAAACGGAAAUUAAUCCAAAAUCUCAAUAUCAAAAUCCACUUUUGAGAGCAAAAAUCCCGAUUAGUGUAUUAGGGUUUCCAUUUCUAUCAAUAAUCACAGCAGGAGAUUCAUCAGAUCUUUCAUUUGGUAUUCGUACUAAUUCAAUCAAUGGUCCGUCUCUCAAAUUCUCUUACUCGCCUAACAUAUCAUCAACAACUCAAACCCCAUUUUCAAUCUCUUUAAAAUCAGGUGUGGGUUUCUUUGGUUCUCCUCAAAAUUCACCUCUUAUCAUGUCUGCUCAGUUCAAUCUUUUUGGUAACCCUAAUCCUAGUUUUUUCCUUCAAAUCAAACCCCAAUUUGGCGACUUUUCAUUAAAAAAAACUGCUGUUUCUGCUCCUUUAACUAACCCUAACCCUAAAACCCCUUCCUUCACUAAAGAAAAUGAUGAAAAAAAUCAUUUCACUGAUGAUAUUGGUGUUAUGUUAGAGCGGCCAUUGGUUUGGAAAGAAUUGACUGAAUUUCGUAAUGGUGGAGAUGGGGUUUUCUCUGGUGUUGAAGUUAGGGCAAAAACCCUUUUGCCUAUUACUAAAAAGGCUGUUGUUAAAUUUCGAUGGGGAGUGAAUUUUCCGCCAGAUUUUGGCCAGAAGCAAAAGAUGCCUUUUUUAACUGUUGAUAAGAUUGCGGUGGAGCGGGUUGAGGAGAAGGGGGAAGUGAAUUCUCAGAAGAAGAGGAAUAAGGAUGAGGGUGAGGGUGAUUUGGAAGUGUUGAAAGGAUUGUGUUUUUGGAUGCGAAAUGAAGUUGAGGGUUUGAAAAGAGAGAAUAGAAUGUUGAAGGAGAGUGUUGAGGAAUUGAAUUUGGGAGGUUCGGUAUUGAAGAAUCGCAGAGGAAGUGAAAGUGCUAGCAAAAAAGUGGUAUCUUCAUCCUCGCCGUCUACACCUGGGUUUGAGCAGUGGAGAAAUAAGAAGAAUGGUGGAGACGAAAAGAACAAUGGUUCUGAGAGUUCGACAGAUGAUGUGGGAGAGGAAUUGAAGAGAGCUAUUAUGGCUGCUAAAGGGGUAUGA